AUGGGUCAGAGCAUAUUGGAAUUGCCCUACUCCGACCUUAGCUUUGCUCACAAGAAAAGAGCACAAGGCAAGAGUUUGAAAGGGAUUGAUCUAAGGUUUGUACUUGCGUUUUCGGAGAGUGGUUUAAUCAGCCUUGUUCACAAGGAUUGCAGAAUGGCAAUCGUCCUCCUGAUUCUGAUGAUUGUCAUUAUGGCUGUCUUCCUCUUUAGUUACUUUUUCCUAAUGCUGGGUGCUGCCAAACGGGAGAUUCAGCUUUGUACCAAACUCAUAAAACAAGAUGAAGCAACUCGACAAGCUGAGACAAAGAGUAUGAAAAAAUCUGAGGCAAUUACAAGUGCAAGCCAUGAUGUUCGUAAUGCUCUUGCUUGCAUGACUGAAUUGAUCAGGAUAUCCUGCGAUGAAGUUUCCCAGGGCUCCGAAAUAAAGGAUUAUCUAACACAAAUGGAUGCAUGCACAAAGCACCUCUUAGGUAUAUUGAACUCUAUUCUUGAUAAGAGCAAGAUAGAAGCAGGUAAGGUGAUACUUGAAGAUGAGGAAUUUGACAUAUUCCAACUUGUUGAAGAGGUAGUCGAUUUCUUUCUUCCAUCUGGUUUAAAGAAGGGCGUAGAUGUGGUGUUGGAUCCUUGUGAUUGCUCUCUUCUAAAGUUUGCACAUGUGAGAGGUGACAGGGGAAGGCUUAAUCAAAUAUUAAGCAACUUAUUAGGGAAUGCUGUCAAAUUUACUUCAGAGGGACAUAUAACAGUUCGUGCUUGGGUUCAGAAACCUAGUUUCAUGAAUUCAAUCGCCGCUGCUGAUUCUGAUAAGAAUAAUGGUUUCUUGAAGCAUUUUUUGUGUUUCUUGAACUACAAGAACAUGGCCAAAGAACAAUCAGAUAGUAUCAAAUCAGUGAAUGGGGUUCAACAUGAUUCAAAUUCUUUGGAAUUCGUUUUUGAGGUUGAUGAUACUGGGAGGGGAAUUCCCAAGGAGAAGCAAAAAGAAGUGUUUGAAAACUAUGUCCAAGUCAAAGAAACAACUCAUGGAGCAGGAGGUACUGGCUUAGGACUUGGUAUUGUUCAGUCUCUGGUACGCUUGAUGCACGGAGAAAUAGGAAUUGUGGACAAGGAGAUUGGUGAGAAAGGGACAUGCUUCAGGUUUAAUGUUCUCCUGAGAGCUAUCAAUAUGUGUGAGGUACAACAAGACCUUGAAAUGGGAGGUGAUCCUAGUUAUGAUGACAGAGAUCAACAAUUGGGAUUAAUAGCAAAUGCAAGCCCGAGAUUGACCAUAUUUCAUAGUCCAAAUCUCACACCAAUUGGAAGUCCUAUGUUGAAUGUCUUCCGCGGCACCCCUAGUAGUUCUAAGGUAGAGGAAUCCAUUGUUGUACUACUGAUUAAGAAUGAAGAGCGGCGGAGAAUAGUAUACCGGUUCAUGAAGAGCUGCCUUGGGAUAAAGGUAUCAGUGGUAGAACAAUGGGAACAACUAGCUCAUACUCUCAAGAAAAUCAAACACAUGAAGAUGAAGGGUUACCAUUCUCCAUAUCAUCCUAGUUCAUCUUCAUCAGGAAUCUCUGAUUUGGGUCUGCAGGACUGCAGCUUGAGCAAAUCUGCAUCAUGCAACUCCGGUAAUAGAGCAAAGGAGUUAAUGAGUGCUAUAGAUGGAACAUACAGCAACAUGUGCUCUCUAUUCAAGAAGACGACUGCCAAUCUUGGCGGUGCAUCCGCCUCUAUAUUGCUAGUGAUAGAUGCUACAGCUGGGCCAUAUCCAGAACUAUGUAAGAUUGUAACUGAGUUCAAAAGAGGCCUUCAAAAUGCUUGCAGGACCGUUUGGUUAGAAAAUCCGCAGUCUCAUAGAUUAAUGGACUUGAGUGGCCUUGAUCCGGAUGAUGUUAUCAUCACAAGGGCACUUCAUGGUACUCGUCUAUUUGAAGUGUUAAGAUUUCUUCCAGAGUAUGGAGGUGCAUUGCCAAACAGAUCAGCAGGGGACACAUUUCAGGUUCAAGAUCCUAGCUCAUCUAGAUAUAGGUUGCAUACUGAUGAUGAGUCUGAUAUCUCAUCUUCACCGUACCAUUGUCAUGAUAUUGGCUCUACAUCAAGAAACUCACCAGUUGGACACAGAGAAACACAUGAACAUGGUAAUCAAAUAAGCACAUCCUUGAGUGGGAAAAGAUUCCUGGUUGUGGAGAAUGAUAACGCAAUGAGGUUUUUGGUUAGGACGAUUCUGUCAAAGGAGGGAGCAACUGUGAAGCUUUGUCAAAAUGGAAGAGAAGCCGUAGAUGUAAUUCAAAAAGAUCUUGUCAACCAAAAGAAACACGAAUAUGAUUUUGUACUAAUGGACUGUCAGAUGCCUGUAAUAAGGGAAGUGGAGAAACGUUACAACGUUCGCAUUCCGAUUAUUGCAUUAACAGCUGAUACACCAGGCGAGGAAACAAGAAAGAUGUUGGAGGCCGGCAUGGAUGACUAUCUGAGCAAACCCUUGCAAAAGAAUCGUCUACUUGAAACAAUGGCUAGACUGGUAGGGAAUUAA